GCCGGCGGCACUCCGCUGCUUCUCUCCGCUGUCAAGCAGCGUCCGAACCACGGCGAGUAUCCUCAGAAAUAUGCUUCAAAAACAGUAGCCUCUCAGACGGACGGGACGUCAGCGUUAUUCUCCUCGCGAGCAGGAACCUCCCACCAGCAGACCUUCCCAACCAGUGCUGUGGACCAUGCUGUCCAGGCUGAGGACCACCUGGUCCCUGAGGCCUUGUGUCUCUGUUUGCAGAUGGGCACACACCAAGGAAAAGGGAAAGCCUCUCAUGCUCAACCCUCGCACCAACAAGGGUAUGGCCUUCACCUUACAAGAACGACAAAUUUUAGGUAUCCACGGUCUGUUGCCUCCCAAAGUGGAGACUCAGGACCUGCAGGCCAUGCGCUUUCAGAAUAAUCUCAAGAAGAUGACUGAUCCCCUUCAGAAAUAUAUCUACCUGAUGGGCAUCCAGGAGAGGAAUGAGAGGCUCUUUUAUCGGGUGUUGAUGGGAGACAUCGAAGAGCUGAUGCCGAUCGUUUAUACUCCCACUGUCGGUCUGGCCUGCACACACUAUGGGCACAUCUUCAGAAGACCCAAGGGUUUGUUCAUAUCCAUCCGGGACAGAGGACACGUCCGCUCCAUCCUGGACAACUGGCCAGAAACUAAUGUUGCUGCUGUAGUCGUCACUGAUGGAGAGCGAAUCUUAGGAUUAGGGGACCUUGGCGUUUACGGAAUGGGAAUUCCAGUUGGAAAGCUCUGCCUGUACACUGCCUGCGCCGGCAUCAGGCCUGAGAAAUGUCUGCCUGUGGCGAUAGAUGUGGGCACGGACAAUGAGACUCUCCUGAAGGAUCCGCUCUACAUGGGCCUGUAUCAGAAGCGAGACCGCUCUCAAGCCUACGACGAUCUGAUCGAUGAGUUCAUGGAGGCUGUGGUGGACAAGUACGGGCAGGACACACUGAUCCAGUUUGAAGACUUCGGGAACCACAAUGCCUUCCGCUUCCUCAGGAAGUACAGGGAGAAGUACUGCACCUUCAACGACGACAUCCAAGGCACCGCGUCUGUUGCUCUUGCUGGUCUGUUGGCGGCUCAGAGAGCCAUCGGCAAACCCAUCACGGAGCACCGAGUGCUUUUCCUGGGAGCAGGAGAGGCUGCUCUUGGUAUUGCCAAUCUGAUCGUCAUGGCCAUGAUGGAGUCCGGGAUGACUCAGGCAGAGGCCAGGCAGAAGAUCUGGAUGUAUGAUAAAUACGGCUUACUCGUAAAGGGCAGAGAGCAGGUGACUGAUGCUAACCAGGAGGGUUUUGUCCACGACAGUCCAGGCGACGUGCAGAGCUUUCUGGAGGCGGUCAACACCAUCAAACCCACAGCAAUCAUUGGCGUGUCUGGAGCCGGACGUCUGUUCACGCAUGACGUGAUUAAAGCCAUGGGAGCUCUGAAUGAACGGCCAAUCAUCUUUGCCCUCAGCAACCCGACCGCCAAAGCAGAGUGCACAGCGGAGGAAGCCUACACACUCACCGAUGGCCGAUGUCUUUUUGCCAGCGGCAGUCCGUUCGGGCCGGUGACUCUGAGCGACGGCCGCGUCUUCACGCCAGGACAAGGGAACAACGCCUACAUCUUCCCAGGGGUGGCUCUGGCAGUGAUCCUGAGUGGAGUGAGACACAUCAGCGACACAGUGUUCCUCGAGGCUGCAAAGACUCUUGCAGAGCAGCUGACUGAUAAAGAGCUCGAAGAAGGAAGACUGUAUCCUCCUCUGUCCAACAUCAGAGAGGUCUCUGUCCAGAUGGCUGUCAAGGUGGUGGAGUAUGUCUAUGCCAACGGCAUGGCGUUCCGCUACCCUGAGCCUCUGGAUAAGAACGCCUUCGUCCACGCCACCGUGUGGAACACCAACUACGACUCCUUCCUGCCAGACACGUAUGACUGGCCUGGUGUCAGCUACAGCCCCAAGACCGACUAAGAGCAGAGCAGACCCUCACUGUGCGCUCUGUCAUAGUGGCCUUCUCUUCCUUUAUUUUCCCAUUUUAAUCAUUUUUUUAAAAGAUCUUUGGUCCUUCAGAGCAAACAUGCUUAUGAAAUACACCACAGAAGCAGCUUCAUGUAUUUGCACUGAAGGAGUCUCAUUGGAUCUGUGGAAAAUGUGUGGAAAGUGACAGAAAGAGAAGGUCAUCAGAGUGAGAACUCUGCAGCUCUUUGACGUUUCUGCUUUCAGUGAUUCAGAGGGCCAUCUAGUGGUGAAGAAAGGCAAUGCAAAAAAACCUGGGCUCAAUGCUGACAUCCUCCAUAGCUUUAUAUUAUCUCUCUUUCAAUGUACUAAUUGUCAUUUCUCCUGCAAAUAAAAAAACGACUACACUUAAGUAAAAUCAUCAAUAACUUUAUUGUGAAAGGAACUAUGGAUUCACCAACACAAACUUUCUUUUUGUUUUGUUCAUUUACAGCUACGGUUGACAACAUUUAGCUACCCGAGCAUUCCCUAGCUUCAUUUACAUCUUUCACUAUGAAGAAUGGAUUCCUGCAUUGCCUUUCUCACUCUGAAUUGCCCUCUGGUGACCCGACCGGCUUCCCGGUGUUAACAAGCAAAGCAGAAGGUUAAAGAGCUGCAUUUUGUGCACAAGUUGAGAAAAACGGAAAAAACGAGUGAUUCUUAGAAAACUCCUAAAGGGAGUUUCUGUAAUGAUAUGAAGGGAAACAAAAGGAAACGUACAUCUAGAAACAUUCAUGAGACACUGUACCAACAGAACACUUGAAGAGCCACUCCAGCAUUUUAUAUGCACUUCACACACCUGUAUUUAUUUCUCUGAAUUAUUGUUUUAAAUGUGUUGCACACUUUGUCAUCAACACUCCCUUAGUGGAUUAUUUCUUGAAGUGUCCAUCCCUGAAAAUGAACCUUGCUGUGUUACAAACCUUGAAACAGUCCAAUUGAAAUUUAUAAAAAAAAAAAAAAAAAAAAUAGAGAAAAAAUGUAGAAUGAAGUGAUACAAGAAAAUCCUAUUUUUUCUUUGUUUGUCCCCCAUACUUGCACUUUUCUUGGAAAGAGACUGUCCACCCAGUAUUUAUAAAGUUGCAAUAAGUUGCACCCAUCUGAAUUAGAAACUCUUUUUUUUUUCUUUUUUUAAUACAGUUUAAGGCAAGAUUCUAGAAAUCUUUUCUCUGUCCAAAUGUGUCAUUACAUUAUGACAUGGUCAGGUUAUAUGUUUUGACAUAAAAUAAGGUUAAAGACUCAGUUCAGAAGGCAGUUCUGCUUAAACAAUAAAUCGCCUUUCAAACUCAAAUUUUAGUUUUUCCACAAAAACACAUUAGAAUGGUUUUCGUCUUCACUACCUCAUCAGAUCUUCAGCGGAACUGCGCAGUAAUGGUGCCUAAAAGAUAAGUGGAGCAUAUCGACGUGCAAUGUGUUAUUGUCAUGAGUAACAAGUCACUUUUUCUUUACAUCCCAGUUAUUUAUUUGUGUUUGAAACCUUUCAGAUUAGUGUAAGGUUGAUCAACAAAAGUAAUCUUAGUAAAGCAUAACAAGUCUGCUUGAUGUUCAGAGUGCUGCUUUGGUCGAUCGCUGCGACUUGAUUUCACGUGAAUAAGCUUAAGAUCAAGCAUCAUGUGGUUGAAUUAAAAAUUGAAGAAUUGCUACAGGAUAUAACUCCACACACACGCUCUCAUAGCUGAAGAAUAUGUAUAACUGAAUUGCUGUCAACUGCUUUUAGUGUGUCUCGUGGCUAGAACACUGGCAAAACUAUGAAUAAUCCUCAGUUAUUAUCAAACCCCACUGUUUGAAUAAUAAACUCAGGUCAUUGUUUUUGGGACCUUUUUCAAAAUCCGCUGCAGUGAAGUGCCUGCAUGACUUCAUGGUGUCCGUUCAGUGUCGCUUCGUGGUUUAAACGCCACAACACGCUGCAGGCACGGAUGACUCCACGGCUCUGUGAAGACAAGAACCUCUUGUUAUUGCUGUUAUGCACCCAGCGUUUUCUCUGAUACACAGUGCAGCUCAACACUUAACAUAGUUUUCUAUGUAACUUUUAAAACCUUUUAUUUACGAAGAAAAUAUGUAUUCACAGUUCAGUGUUAUCACAUUGUCUUUCUGUCUUGAUGUUACUGACUGCAGUCGUCCAGCAUAAGAUUUUACCUUUGUUUGUCAGUUGAAUGGUUUCGUCGUGCAAACUCUUUUCGACCUUGUUGGAAAAAACAUGUUUCAUUGAAGUCUGCAUUUUAUGUUGUUUUGUGUCCUUCCAGUGUGUUCCUGAAGUUUAUUUUUGGUACAGAGUAAUAUUGCCUUAGUGUUUGUACGCAGCAGCGUGUUUGUGCUGCUUCAAUAUUCUUAAUGUGCUGAAACUGCAAAAUAAAAUCUAUUUUACCUUG